AUGUCCUACGACCACUACAUUGUCAUCUGCAAGCCCCUGCACUAUGCGACCCUCCUGGGCAGCAGAGCUUGUGCCCAGAUGGCAGCAGCUGCGUGGGGCAGUGGCUUUCUCCGUGCUGUCCUGCACACUGCCAAUACAUUUUCCCUGCCACUCUGCCAAGGCUAUACUCUGGACCAGUUCUUUUGUGAAAUUCCCAAGAUCCUCAAGCUUUCCUGCUCAGAGUCAUUUCUCAGGGUGGUUGGGCUCAUCAUAGUCAGUGUCUGUUUAUCAUUUGGGUGUUUUGUUUUCAUUGUUGUGUCCUACGUGGAGAUCUUCAGGGCUCUGCUGAGGAUCCCCUCUGAGCAUGGCCGGCACAAAGCCUUUUCCACGUGCCUUCCUCACCUGGCCUUCAUUUCCCUGUUUAUCAGCAGAGGCGUGUUUGCCUACCUGAAGCCCCCCUCCCUUUUCUCGCCAUCCCUGGACCUGAUGAUAGCAGUUCUGUACUUGGGGUUGCCUCCAGCAGCAAACCCUCUCAUCUACAGCAUGAGGAACCAGGAGCUCAAGGAUGCAGUGAGAAAACUAAUUGGAUACAUGCUUCUUCAUCAUUAA